GCUCUAAAGUUAUUAGUCGGAUAGAAGAACUUUUCUAAGAUGGUGGGACCCGAUCUGAAAACUUGUGGAUAAAUUUGAUUUAAAACGUGUUUUAGAGGCGCUUGGUCGCCAGGAUUUUCCCAGUAGACUUUUUGAAAGUGUUAAGGACCUGUCCAGUUUAAAAAUGAAGCCGACAGGUUUAAUCCAUUACACUCUUCCGUGCUUGAUAUUAUUUUCUUGGAUACUCGACGUUUCUUACGGAGCGGCUUGUAAAGGUUGCGCAUCAUCAGUAUGCAUCUGCAAGGGCCUGAAGGGCUAUCCAGGAGCUGUAGGACUUCCAGGUUUGAGAGGAUCUCAGGGUUUUCCAGGCUUCCCUGGUCCUGAAGGGCCAAUGGGAAAACGAGGUCUACGUGGUGACCAGGGUGAGAUAGGAGCCGAAGGACCAAAAGGAAUUAGAGGAGAUACAGGUUUACCUGGCUUCACUGGCGUACCUGGAACACCCGGUCUGGAAGGAAUUGAGGGGCCUGUAGGAGAGAGGGGUUAUGAUGGCUGUAAUGGAACAAAGGGAUACGCAGGAUUACCAGGAGUUAAUGGGUUACCAGGGCGACCAGGUCCCAGAGGUCGUGAUGGAAGGCCGGGUCCUAAGGGAGAUAUCGGAGAUGCAGGAAUAUUUGGUGUCUCUCAGAAAGGAGAGCCAGGAGAGGCCGGACUUGAUGGAUUUCCUGGUUUGCAAGGAUUUCCUGGAAGACCUGGGACACAAGGCCAAACUGGACCUCGUGGACCCCCUGGAGAGAGGGGUUCUGAUGGACUGGAUGGAGCCAUGGGGCCACCGGGAGAUACUCAAGAAUUAUCACCAAAAGGAUCACCUGGAGAUCUUGGAGAUAUAGGCGAGCGAGGAGAUCCUGGGGAACCAGCUGGAUUUGAAGGUAAUCCCAAGGAUAGGGUAUUCCUUAAGGGAUUUAAAGGACGAGAUGGAAUGAAAGGGGCACCAGGAGAGGAAGGACCAAGAGGGUUACCAGGACUACCAGGAAAUGAUGGCCGACCAGGUGAACCAGGAACAAAGGGCCCGAAAGGUGAACAGGGCUCCCCAGGAAGACUGGGCAAACGUGGGAAGGAUGGUCCUCCAGGUCCCUAUGGUCUGAAGGGUAUGGAAGGAGAAGGUGGACGCCCAGGUAUUCCGGGACUUCCAGGACUAAAAGGACCUCAGGGAGACAGAGGUUAUCAAGGAUUACCGGGUGAUGUUGGUGAAAUUGGUAUUAAAGGAGAGGAGGGAGGUGGCAGGGGGUUGAAGGGGCUUCGAGGAGUUGAAGGUUUACCUGGACCUAAAGGUUACAAUGGAUUACAAGGUUAUCCAGGAGAACCUGGACCUCCAGGCUUUGGUGGUCCGGUUGGUCCACCAGGUUUAGAUGGAUUACCUGGAGAACCAGGAGAUCGUGGUUAUUCCGUCAAGGGAAUCAGAGGAGACAAUGGUAUGCCUGGAGUUGAUGGUUUACCUGGUAGGGAUGGUGAACCUGGAUAUGAUGGAUCUGUUGGUGAACCUGGAGAGCCAGGAGAGACUGUGUUUGGACCAGAAGGAUUUCCAGGUCUCCCAGGACGUGAUGGAAGACCAGGUCUGCCCGGAUACCCUGGUGAUGCUGGACUUACUGGUGCUCCUGGUAUUCCUGGAAGAGGUAUUGAUGUUACUGGACCACGCGGUGUGCCAGGAUUCCCUGGAGAUCGUGGAUCUCCUGGAGAUGAUGGACGUGAUGGGGAACCAGGAGUGCCAGGAAGGCCUGGUCGCCGUGGUGACGAUUGCCCAUUCUGUCCGAAUGGAAUUCCAGGGCUGAAAGGGGAACCAGGAAAUCCAGGAUACCCAGGUGAAGAUGGUUAUAGAGGUUUCCAAGGUAAUCCUGGUCGCAAAGGUGAGCAGGGAGAUAAUGGUCUACCAGGACUUCCAGGUCUCGAGGGUCGGACGGGUACACCAGGAGAAUUUGGAAGUGAUGGACUCCCGGGUCCACCAGGAGACGAUGGUAUAGUUAUUAUUCCACCAGGAAGGAUCGGGGAAAAGGGAGAAACUGGAAAUCCAGGUGAAAUUGGAGUGGAUGGUCUACGUGGUCCCCAGGGUUUACCUGGACCCAGAGGAGACUUUGGUCCACCAGGACCUGAAGGUCUCAAAGGUAAACCGGGUGUACCAGGACUUGAUGGUCUGGAUGGAAUACCUGGUGUUCGAGGUACACCUGGAUAUAAGGGUAUGAUGGGAGAUUUUACUGAUGGUGAACCGGGACGCACAGGACCUAAAGGGUUUGAUGGAUUUAAUGGAACACCAGGAAGUAAAGGACAGAGAGGCGAGAAGGGUUCCCCAGCACCUGAUGUGGAUUUUGAGCCAAUCAGAGGGGAUAGAGGUGAACCAGGUCCCCCUGGACUACGGGGUAUGGAUGGUCUUCCUGGACUGAUGGGUAUGAAAGGGUCACCUGGAUUUCCUGGAGAGCCUGGUAGAGAAGGGGAGCCUGGAGUUCUUGGUGAAGAUGGCAGAAAUGGUGUGCCUGGUUUUAGGGGCCAGGAUGGAGCCAAGGGUUACCCUGGGUUGCCUGGAGAUGCUGGACCCAAUGGCAGACCUGGAGAGCCAGGUAGACCCGGACCUGACGGAUUCCCAGGCACAAGAGGACCUAAGGGUAUGGUGGGAGAGCCAGGAAGAUUCUUUGGACAGCUGUUGCCUGGCCCUCGUGGAGAAUCAGGGCGCCCAGGAUUUAGGGGACUUGAUGGUGUACCAGGAGGCCCAGGAACAGAUGGAUUACCAGGACGACCAGGACCUAAAGGAAUGGAAGGUGACUAUGGCCGAGAUGGACGUCCUGGCUUGCCGGGACGAAAGGGAGAACCUGGAGAUUUCUUUCAAGGACCGCCUGGGUACAAAGGGGAACCAGGGGCUCCAGGAGAACCAGGUCUUAAUGGUCUAAAUGGUAUCCGUGGAAAUGAUGGCCUUCCAGGAUUUCCAGGGUCGAAGGGUAUGGCAGGUGAUAACGGUUUUAGGGGCGCCGAUGGACGAGAUGGAGAACCGGGCUUGAACGGGGCAAGUGGUCCAAAAGGUUACCCAGGAUUUGGUGGAAACCCAGGUUUGAAGGGAUCACCGGGUGAGAUGGGCCGACCAGGAACGCCGGGUCCAAAAGGUAUAGAUGGUAUCAACGGGGAACCAGGAGGAAGAGGUAUCUCCGGUGAGGAAGGUAUUCCUGGGCUUCCAGGACGGGAAGGUUUGAAUGGAAUAAAGGGUGAACCUGGAAAUGCUGGUUUCCCUGGCCGUGAGGGUUUCAAUGGUUUAGACGGGGCACCAGGCAGGAAAGGCAUGGUAGGGGAACCAGGGCUCCAGGGUCUUGAUGGACGUGCAGGGGAACCAGGUUUGCCUGGUAUACCAGGAGAAAAGGGAGAAAUUGGAGAAAGAGGACGCUCAAUAGAUGGAGAACCAGGUAGACCCGGCUCCCCAGGACCAGAUGGGACUGAUGGACGGAAUGGAUUCCCAGGUGUAAAAGGUCGCCCUGGAGAAAUGGGCUUGCCAGGACUGGAUGGUAUGAGGGGAGAACCUGGGCUCAAUGGUAGAGAUGGUGAGCAAGGUGGCACUGGACAACCCGGCAGCAAAGGUGGCAGAGGCAAUGAUGGCUUACCAGGAUUCCCAGGUCAAAAAGGCCGCAGAGGUUAUGAUGGCCUAUCUGGGCGCCCUGGACUUCCAGGUCAGAAGGGAGAGUCUGGUUUAGAUGGCAUCCGGGGCGAACCUGGUCGUCAGGGAGAAGUUGGUGAUGUCGGUUACCCAGGUCGUCCAGGAAUGUUCGGACUUGAUGGAGUCAAAGGUCGCCCUGGAGAAAGGGGAGGGGAUGGGCUUGUAGGGCGGGAUGGAGAACCAGGUUUGCCUGGAAUUUCUGGACCCAGUGGUCAAGAUGGUAUGACUGGACUUCCUGGUCUCCCGGGACUACCAGGGUUGGGUGGCAUCAAGGGCAUUCAAGGAGACACAGGUUUUGAUGGAUUCCCUGGUGCACCAGGAGAGAAUGCCCCUGGAGGACUGCCCGGACUGACAGGUGAACCAGGGCUCAACGGUUUACCGGGACUUCCAGGACAAGAUGGUAUGGUUGGUGACAGAGGACUUGAUGGUUUACCAGGUCUCCCUGGUAUGCCUGGUGAAGCUGGGUAUGGUUAUGGUGGUGCUAAAGGUGUAAGAGGUGUAGAUGGUCUGUCAGGACUGCCUGGUCAGCGUGGUGAGAAAGGUUUCCCAGGACGAUCAGGAUUGUUUGGUUUGAACGGUAUGAAAGGUGAACCAGGAUACAAUGGAGAGCAGGGUGGCUUUGGCAGAGAUGGUCCUCCUGGAUUCAAGGGAUUUCCUGGUGACAGAGGUUUGGAAGGCUUCCCGGGACGUAAAGGAGAGAAGGGAAAUGAUGGUUUACCAGGAUUCACUGGUCCCAAGGGCAUAAGGGGAAAUAAUGGCCUUGAUGGCUUCUUUGGCCUCCGAGGAGACAAUGGAAGCAAAGGUAUGAAGGGUGAACCUGGACCAAUCUUAAUUAGUGAAAAACCACCUAGAUCCUAUGGUGAGAAAGGAGAUAGAGGACUGCCUGGAUUGGCUGGAAUGGAUGGUCUGAGAGGAUUGCCAGGUCUGCCUGGUUUGGAUGGUCUCCAGGGUGAGAAGGGUAUUCGUGGAUUUGAAGGGGAGCCCGGGCUUAGAGGAAUGAAAGGUGAACAAGGAGAUGAUGGUUUCCCUGGUUUGCGCGGUCGAGAUGGAAAUGUCGGUCCACCUGGUGAAGUGGGUCUCCCUGGUUUUGAUGGUCUGAGCGGUAGUGGACCUGGUCUCUUCUUUGCAAGACAUAGUCAGCAGACAUACGUUCCUGAUUGUCCCUCGGGUACCAGCAAGGUGUGGGACGGAUAUUCUCUCUCAUAUGUUGUCGGAAAUCAGCGUGCACACUCACAAGAUUUAGGUCAACCAGGAAGCUGUUUACGACGUUUCAGCACAAUGCCAUUCAUGUUCUGUAAUAUCAACAAUGUGUGCAACGUAGCUUGGCGUGGUGACUACAGCUACUGGCUGUCCACACCUGAACCCAUGACUGCCAUGAUGGAUCCAGUAGAGGGCGCCCAGAUUGAACCUUACAUCAGCAGAUGUGUUGUUUGUGAAGCUCCGUCUGAGAUUAUAGCUAUACACAGUCAGACAAUGAGGAUUCCAGACUGUCCUAUUGGCUGGACUGGUCUCUGGAUUGGAUACAGUUUCCUUAUGGGAACUGGUGCUGGUGGCGAUGGAGCAGGCACUGAUCUUGCAUCAGUUGGUUCUUGUCUUGAAGAUUUCCGUGCCACUCCACUGAUUGAAUGUCAUGGUCGUGGAACUUGCAACUAUUAUUCUACGUCAACAAGUUACUGGCUAGCCACUAUAGAUAGUAACGCUCAAUUUAGAACACCAUUAUCAGAAACUCUUAAAGCAGGAAAUCUAAGAAUGAGAAUAAGUCGUUGUCAAGUGUGUAUGAGAUUCUCUAGGUAAAGCAUCUUUAGGAUCAUGAUCACAUCAUAAAUAUAAGCUUGAGAAUUGAAAGCUCCUAGGAGAUAUAGAGAAUUUGGACACAUGAAAUUUGUUUUCUGAUCAUAGACACUUCAUUAGUAUUAUUGAUAAUUCAGUCAUGUAUAUUAAAGUAAAAGCAUCUUUCCAUUGUGAUUCUUGUAUAUUUCUCAUUUUUUGAGGACGUUUUUGUAUGUACUGUAUGUUUUCAUUGUAAUAUAGACUUUAUUGAGAUUACAUUUGUAUAGUUAGCCAUUUUUAUAACUGAUUUCAUAAGGUGCUAUUGCCGGGAUAAUGCUUGUGCAUUAUGCUUAAAAUUAAUCAUGGUUGAGUGUUUUCUAGUCAUUAAUGCUGUCAUUUGUGUAUAAGUUAAGCACAUAAUUUAGAAUUUUUUAAUUUAAUGAAACAAAAAAGACAUAGAAAUUUAAUCAAACUUUUGAUUGAAUCUAUCACUGAAGGGGGUACAGUAUUCCUUCCAAAAAAAAGUCCUCUGAGACAUUACUUGUAUGAAUUUUUUUUUUUGAAGUUUGAAUCAAAGUCAGUACCUGUGUACACUUUUAAUCUAAGAUUAGAUUGCAGCAAAUCACUGUACUUAUAUAUGUUUCCAAUCUAGACAGCAGUUGUUUUUCUGUGAAGAUCUGUCCUUGAUCAUUGUGAUAAAAGUUGCUUUUUGAUUAUAUGUAAGAACUAAUCAAACUGAUGGAAGAUAGGACUAGUUACCAUGUAACAUAGUAUUAAUCAAGCAUUCUGCAUGACACUUGCUCCGUCAAACAAAAAACUACAGAGGGUCUCUUUUUGGAAGGAAUACAAUUCUGAAUUUUUAUUUAUUCAAACUUUCUUCCAGUUAAAGAUCAAACUUAUGACUGGUUUGCAAGAUUUAGAGCUUACAACUAUGUUUGAAACACAAAAGAAAUAAAAGAAAAAAAAAUUUACUCCAAGAAGUGCCUUCAUUUUCUAUGCAAAUACCUAUUGCCUUAUAUAUGUACAUAACUUUGCUACAGCGAAUAAAUGUAUCAAUUACAUGACUAUAGGAGUGUGUGUGUGUGUGAGUUUGAUUAUAUUAAGGCUUGUAAGUACUGUUAAAGCUUUUGUAUUUUUUCUGAAAAAAAGAGUUUUCCUCCAUAAUGCAGUUUCAAGUGGUUUAUCUAAAUGAACCAAGUAAGUUAAAGGUGAAAGUUCAUUGACUCCCAAUAAGCACACUAUGCUUAUUGUGGCAAAUGGCUAAUGAAGGAUCCAUCAAAAUCUUUUCACUUCCAUAACUUUUUGAAUUUGACCUCUAUUUUAAUAUAAGGUCAACAGGCAUGUUAGAGGUUAACUGGAUAAUAGAGGGACUUUAAAAAAGAAGUUAUGAAAAUAUUGUUUUAGAUAUUGUAUAUUGAGGAAUAACUUGUAUAUUUGAUGCAGUUUGCCUAAAACAAAAUUCAGAAGUGGUUGUAUUUGUAUGCUUUACAGGUGUGUAUUUUUAUACUAUACAUGUAAUAUAUAGUUGAUUUGAUAAUGGCAGAAUUUGUCAUAGCAACAUUGGUGUCUUCCAGUUUUAUUGCAUGUAAUAAUAACAUUUAGAAGUUAUCCCUCUUGAAUAAUGGCUUUAAUAGGGUAAAAUUCGUAGGAAAUUGCCUCCCUUGAAUAACAUUUUUAAUACAACAAUAUACAUCCAAAGUUUUUUGUAACAUAAUUUUGAAUACAGCUAGGUGGCUCUGUAACAGUUCUGGUAGUAAUGAAUAUCUUGAAUAAAGGGAGAGAGAUAAACUGUUGUAUUUGAAUAUAUUGCUUCAUCUCGAGUAGUAGAGUACAUGUCAGCUGAAAAUAAAUACAAUGUUUUAUAAA